ACAGACCACAAGCAACAUUCAGAGGCCUCCAGGGCCCUCUCCUGGAUAAACCAAUCCCACUACCCCCGGCCAUUAAAGUGGAAAAAGGGGGGUCUUCUGUCUGGAAUGCUCAAGAGCGAAGGCCAAGCCCAUCAUUACCCAUCUUAGAGUUCCAGCCACAUGUGGGGUCUAGCCAUGCAGCAAUCAUCCAGAAGCCCCUAAGGAUUGUCUACAGUACCUUGGGAACACCCCACAGCCUUGAGAGCCUCCAGAGGAACACACAACACCUUAAUCCAGAGGCAUGCAGUAUCUCUUCCAAGGCAAGUAGUGGCUACGAAGCUGAUGAGGAAAGCAGCAAGGCCAGUCUGGUUAACAGCAAGCAAUCUGUGCGGCUAACUAAGCGGCUCACCACCAAGAUAGACAGCACCCACAGCAGUGAGCAGUCCAUCAAUUCCCAUCCAGGUGCAUUAAAGAUUCAAAGGCUGAACAGUCAAGGCCAGGACACCCAGCAGGCUGGAGGGGAAAAGUAA